GGUGACGGGGGGCCUCCUCCCUUGGGGACCCAGUGCGGCAGCCUGGGUCCAGGUGUCCCCUUAGUUCCUGUCACUGACAGACUUUCUUCCAUUUGGAAAGCUCGCUGCUGCCGCUCUUGUUGGCAAGUGGCAGCUCUACUAGGUAGGGCCAGCUUCUGAAGAGGGGUGUGGUUGGGGUGUUCUGAACCUCUCUCUGGGGAAGCAGAAUCUGCCGGAUAUAGGAGCCACACGGCACAGAGUCCCGACUGGUGAGAACAGCCGUGAGCGUGGAGGGGAAAGCAGCCGCGCCGGGACCAUGUCGACCGAGACCGCGAGCGGCCCCACUGAGGACCAGGUGGAGAUCCUGGAGUACAACUUCAACAAGGUCAACAAGCACCCGGACCCCACCACGCUGUGCCUGAUCGCGGCGGAGGCAGGCCUCUCCGAGGAGGAGACCCAGAAAUGGUUCAAGCAGCGCCUGGCCCAGUGGCGGCGGUCUGAAGGCCUACCCUCUGAGUGCAGAUCCGUCACAGACUGAGGAGAUGGUGGACAUUGGCGCUCCCCUUCAUGAAGACCAUCUGCUAUUUCUCUUCUUAGCUUCAUCAAGCUAUUUUGGUUUUUCAGUGUAGCAUUGUUGUGUCCCACUGUUAGCUGUCCUGCUAUUUAACACAAUGUUGUAUUUUUUAAAAUGUACAUAACUAGAGAAGAUAAUAACAAUUUUUUUGUGUGCAAGCACAUAGGAAGCUAUGUGCAGCAGCUUCUGUGUAAAGCAGAGGUGUGGCUGCAAAUGAUGUGGCUGGCAUUUCCUUUUGAGUCAUGAUGACAGAUGGUGUUUAAAAACCACCUAAGUUUCCUUUUGACCAUCACCUCCCAGUAACAAUUUACUGUUAACAUCCAUUUCAGAAUGGUCAAGGCUUCUGUUGAAAAGACAACAUGACCAAGAGAAAGACGUAGUUCCUUCUAAUUCCACUAAGUCAUUUUCCUUGUGUUUCAUUUAAUACAUUGAGUGAGAAUACAGAGGGACUUUGAGUCAUGUGGAUUUCAUAAAGCAAUUCCUUGGAUUAUAGCUGAAUUAACUUGGAAAGCACUCAGGCUGGAAGACAGAAAUUCCAACUGGCAAAAAUCAAAUAACUAAGGGGAAAAAUCCACAAAAGUCUUGAAUUUCCCUUAUUUAAAUACAUUUGUCGAUUUAUUUUGCUAAACAACAUGAACUGCUUUUUGUCUCUGAAAUGAUGUUCUAAAUAAAACCUUAAUGUUUUGUGAAAA